AGGCGGGCUCCCGCGCCUGGUUGUCAUGGCGACGUUUGUUUGACUUUCGGCUUCGUGUAGAGUUGAAAGUAUAACAUAAGGUUCGUUUCAACUACAUUAACCAGUAUUAACCCGUAUUAACCUGGUUUCAACCUGGUGUCAACCUGGUAUUAACCGGUAUCAACCUGCUCUCCAGCUGUUGGAACCGUCCUAUACGUCGACAUGAGCCGGUGCCCGGUCGGGGAGGUGCAGGAGGUGCAGGAGGAUGUGCAGGAGGAGCUGAUCGACUUCCGCUCCCUGGACAGAGAGCUGCUGGCCGCGGUGCGCGAGGAUCAGAAAGGACGCAGAGAGAACGCCGCGAAACUCCGCGCGACGUCGCAGCGGCUCGCGACCUACGAGGAGUUCAGGGAUAUUGUUCUGGCCUGUCACCUGAAACCUUUGGACCAGAAGGAGAAAAGAGGAACUGGCAGACAGACCUGGAACCCAUGGUGUCCCCUAGCAACCACUCCCCAUCCGUCUCCUAGCAACCAUCCCUCAUCCCCACCUGUCCCCUAGCAACCAUCCCUCAUCCCCACCUGUCCCCUAGCAACGACCCCCUUCCCGUUGCCAGGUGACCUUAUGAUGGGAGGAUAAUUGGAUUAAACUGUAUUAAUUCAUGA